GCUGAUGCUCCGCCACAUGCUCGCAUCCCUGUUGGCAACACAAGUCUCGCAUCAGCACAACAAACUCAAACAUCUGACCGGCACGAUGGAUGGGCAACAUAAAGACCGCAGAAUGACUCACUUGUGGAUAUUGACGUUACUGAUAUUUGUCUAACCUCUAGCACUGGAUAACUCGGUCUUUUCCAACUUCUUCGUCUGGAUACGGAUUGCGGAGCUGGAUCUUGUCCUACAGGUUUUGGAAGAAGGAUUAUAUUUAUUCUGAUCACUUUAUUUCUCCUCACUCCACUUUCGCCAUCACCACUUGGAAUAGGAGCGUUUGGUGGGAGGACAAAUUAAAUUUCUAAGGAUACGCACAUCAAACUCUAAAGGAUGGCCGUUUGGUUCACCUCUAUCUUCGCAAUAGUUAUAACAUUAUUUACUCAGGUUCUGGGAUCAGGUGUGUUCGAGAUAGAUCUCCAUCACUUUCAGAAUACUAAAGGUUUGCUGGCAAAUGGACUUAGCUGCAGCAUGACUGGCUGCAGGACUUAUUUCAGGGUUUGUUUGAAGAACUUCCAGAAGGUGGUGUCUCCUGGAGAUUGUAUAUUUGGCAAAGCCGUCACUCCUGUUUUGGGCACCGACUCCUUCAGCAUCCAGCCGGACGCCAGGCUGCGGCUGCCGCUCAACUUCACCUGGCCGGGUGAUUUCUCAUUAGUUAUUGAAGCCUGGUAUUCUCCUGCAGCGGACCUACCUGGAGAUACCACCAACCCUGAAUUCUUGAUUAAUUCUUUUGCCAUCCAAAGAAAGUUGGGAAUAGGGCAUGAGUGGUCCCAGGAUGUGCAGAGAGGGACGCAGACGGAGCUAAGGUACUCAUACCGGUUCAUCUGCAAUGAAAAUUACUACGGGGACACUUGUUCCAAAAUAUGCGCUCCGAGAGACGACCGUUUCGGCCACUACACCUGCAAGCCUGACGGGCAAAUAGCCUGUCUACCAGGAUGGAAGGGAGAAUACUGCCAAGAACCAAUCUGUCUUGAAGGGUGCAAUGAAAAUAAUGGAAACUGCACAUUACCUGGAGAAUGCAAAUGCAGAGAAGGUUGGCAGGGACUCUUUUGUGAUGUGUGUAAACUCCAUCCAUCCUGUAAACAUGGUACCUGUAAAGAGCCGUGGCAGUGCACCUGCAAAGAAGGCUGGGGAGGCAUCUUUUGUGACCAAGAUCUGAACUACUGCACCCAUCACAAACCCUGUGCCAACGGGGCCACGUGUAUGAACACGGGUCAGGGCAGCUACACCUGCACCUGCCUGCCAGGCUUCACCGGGGUUAACUGUGACUCGGAGGUCAGGGAGUGUGACAGCCAGCCCUGUCGCAACGGAGGCCACUGCCUGGAGUCUGAGAACGGCUAUAGGUGUGCAUGCCCACAGGGGUUUGAAGGGACACACUGUGAACACAGGAUGCUGACCUGCAGAGAUACACCAUGCUUCCAUGAUGGCAAGUGCAAAGAGGGGGAUAAUGGACAUAGUUACACGUGUGAGUGUCCAGCAGGCUACACCGGACUCAACUGUGAGAAGAAAGUGGAUAAAUGUACCUCGCUGCAAUGCGCCAAUGGUGGACACUGCGUGAUCCACGGUAACCUCCGACUGUGCAGCUGUCGCUCAGGCUUCACAGGACUGCGCUGCGAGAUCAACAUCAAUGAGUGUGUCAGAAACCCCUGCGCCAACGGCUCCACCUGCAUAGACCGCAUCAACGACUACACCUGCACCUGCCCUCCAGGGUACGAAGGCCGCCACUGCGACAAGCCGACAGACCGCUGUGCCUCUCGGCCCUGCCUGAACGGAGGGACCUGCACCACUGGAGCGAAUGGCCAGCCUUCCUGCAUCUGCCCCGCCCAGUACAGUGGCCCCCAGUGCCAGCCCAUCGAUGUGCCUUUAUCCAAUACCCCCAGCCCCAACACAGGCCGGGAGUCCAGUGAGAAGCUGAGCUUGGCAGCCAUCAGCAUGGGAGUGGGCUUGGUGGCCGUUCUGGUUCUUUUAUGCAUGGUAGUAGUGGUAAUACAUCAUGUCAAGAAGCAGAGAAACAAGGAGCAGGACUCAGAGACCAUGAACAACCUCUCCAAGGUUGACUUUCAGAAAGAGAACCUUAUAUCUACUCUAGAGCUCAAGAACACCAAUAAAAAGAUCGAUUUGGAGGUGGACUGUCCCAGGGAAAAGUCUAAUCACAAACACAUCAACCACUACCACCUGGACUAUAAAACCUCCACUGGGUACAAGGAUGAACUGUCCCUUUUGGACAAAGAUGAAAACUGUGAAAAGACAAUAGAAGACAAAAAGCAUUUGAGUAGAAUGUACAGUGAAAGACCGGAGUGUAGAAUAUCAACAAUAUGUUCUUCCAGAGAUUCAAUGUACCAGUCUGUCUUUGUAAUAGCAGAGGAGAAAAAUGAAUGCAUCAUCGCAACUGAGGUAUAAUAAAUGGAAGAUAUUAUUCAUUGUCAACAUUGGAUUUCUUGUGGACUGUUUACAAGUGUGGAGAGACUGGGAUUUAUUUAAAUGCAAGUUGCUGCUCUUGAAAACUUGAUAACUGGAUGGAGCCAGUGUGCUCUUCGAAUGCAAUAGAACUAAAGCUACUAAUCUUUCGUUUAGAAUGUAAAGACUGAAAAAGACUGCGGGGAAAUAAUGAGCAAAUCUGACUUGCAGAUGCGCCUUAGAUGUUUUUCCAUUCAAACCCUUGUCUGCUUCAUCCAAGUUCAUCCAAGGGCAACAGGCCAAGAUGUUUCUGCCUGCGUGUUGAUUAGAAGAAGAGGACUGUCUUGAUGUACUCCUCGCCACCUUAUUGCAGUAAUCAGCAAUCAACAAAUCAACUUACUGCCAACAAGCCUGUGGAAGGAGCCAGCCUUUGCCAUUUUAUUUGUGGCUUGCAAUGCGCUAUGCAAACAAAAAUCAGCAUUGUGCUCAAAUCAAAAAAAGGACAAAAACUACUGAAAACGGUUCAUUUUUGAAGGAUAUUUAGGGUUAUCAGUUUUGUAAAUCAAAUCUUUUUUUUAUGAGAAUGUAUGCAGCCUAGAUCAAAAGCCUUAUACUGUAUAUGUGUUUAAGAAAAACAUUGUGCCCCGCCUUAUCUUCUCUUGAUUCCUUUGCACAGCAAAAGGGAGGUAACAAAAAGUUCAAGAGAUGCAAUAUGCUAUUGCGCCAUGCAGGGAAACUCAUGAUAAGGCCUUGUUUUACCUUAUGCAAGAUCACCCUUAAAUAAAGACAAAGAAAUACAUGAAGUGACUAUCGUACCAAGGACGCCUUCAAUGGAAAUUACUGAACCAAUAAUGUUAUUUUGUAAGAUUAGUAUUUCAUUAGUAAUUUAAGAAGAUGAAGCACUGAUCUUUCUAUGUUUUAUAAGAUUAUUUUGUAUAUACUGUAUAUUUAUAUGUUGAGAUUAGAAGUAUGAACUGUUUUUAAGUUGAUGCCCCAAAAAGGUGAAUUUAUUUUUAAAGUGUUGUUGGUGUUUUAUUAAUUUUUUUUUUUGUUACAAAAAGAAACAAUGAAUACAUAUCUGGUACACUGUUUGUUUGUUGGUCUUCAAUGGUUGAGUGUACAAGUGGUCAAAUAGAGAUCAUAAUUUAAA